AUGGCUGAUCAGGACGGAGACGUGUUUUGGGACGCAGUAGAGGGACCUGAUGCCAUGGACGACCGAGAUGGCGUACCUAUGGAAUCUGAUGACCUACGACAUAUCAUUCCACGUAAACGGUCCCGCUCGCCCUCGGAAGUGCCUACCAAUGGCCCAGUCACAAUGCCAAUCGACAGUGAGGCUUCGCGGUACACUCGCCAACCCAAACGGCAGCGGAGGACGAAGGACAUCCCCGAUUACAACGCCUUGCCUGACCAGAAUGUCCUCAUGCAGAUCGGGAGGAGCAACCCGCUGAAUAGAAGGACGCUGAAGAAGGACGCGAAGAGGGCGCGCAAGUCGCAUCGGAUAAAGAAUCAGCUUCAGUCGUCACCCGGCAAGAUGGAGAUAGAUGACGAAGGAUUGCAGUUUACAUUCAUGGCAUGA